AUGUAUGUGUGCGAGUACCUCCCCAGACUAAACUGUGUUUCCACAGUAUUAGACUUCGAUGAAGAUGUGAAAAGCAUCACUCGCAUUGCUAUCAACAAUAAUAAUCUCCAGGUGGAGUCUUUGUUGGUCAAAUCUCUGCUCAAAUUGCCGGUGGAGUCCGAUGAGCUUACGCUCACAAGCUGCAAGAAAUCAGGACAUUCGUUAGUGCUAUCGUUCAAACUCAAGUCCUACCACCUGCACAACAACUUCAUGAGCCUCUUGGAAGUGCAACCGUGGUCGUGCAAAGACCUUCUUCGUACUCCCAAAAAUAACCUCAACCAGAAUAUGUUCAGGUUUCGGUGUGCUCACUGUGCCAGAGACGUGAUAAACUCCCACCAGUUUAAUAAGUUCAGUGACAUGCCGUCGGACUUGUGGGCUGAAAUGAUGGACUUCUGGCACUGCCACAAGCCGGUUUCUGGCAAGGAUUUCACCACCACCAAGAACUACAACGGGAACUUGAAACCUCUGCCUACCUCCAUCCUCAUUGGAAAUAACUACAUAUUGGUGAAUAACGAGAUAGAGGUUGUAGUACACCAGAACACGGUGAGGUGUGUCUGUGGAGGUAGAUUGGGCGAAGUGGAUGAAAACAAGAGCCUCAAGUUGUUCAAGUGGAAUCUUCAAUUAGCAUUUGCUGAUACUGUCGAGACCUACUCGCCGUACUUGUGCAUAUAUAAUCUUCUCCUAGAUAAGAUCAACUCGCAGGCAGUCAGAAAGGUCCUAGUUCACGACUACAUCGUGUGGAUCUUCAACAUCGGCAUCGACGUGGCUCUCGAAGGUAUCCACUUGGUGAAUGCCUCGAAGAUACUAUAUUGCAAAAAAGCUGAGCAAGACCACCGAAUUUUUGACGAUGAGAUAGUGGUGACGGAGACUGGAGUAUUUGAGGAUUUCAUACGUGAGUUGGAUACCAUCAACCAACUCGUACCACAAGAUAGCAGGACCCUUGCGGUCAAGGAGGAUAGCAGUGUCAUGAAUUAUAAAAUUAGUUAUUUGGGGUUAUAUAAGUAGGUUUACUUAUCUAAUAUAUCUUUAACGGCUGGGACGAUUUGUUUUCGGGAAGCUGCUAGGUUGGUCUGAUUCCACACUCUAACGGUGAUGGACUUGUUCAACUCGUCGAGUUUGGCUUCAAAACUUUCGACAUUGUAGACAUUUUUGUCGAGUGCUAAUGUAGAACAUCUUGGUUCAAGGGUACCAAGUUCUUCAAAUUGGCUGGUCUCGGGAUAUGCCACGAUAAACUCUCUUCUAUACUGGUUCUGUUUGUCGGUGUACGAGGGGGUGGCGAUGACCAUGUCCAAGUGGAAGAAAUCAAUGACAUUGUUGAGUCCACUCAAAAUCUCCUCAUUGGAGUAACUCUUGAACAACCAUUCGGCAGAUUUUCCUAUGGAGCUGAACCCGAUGUUGAUACCACCAAAUUUAAACUGUUUGUAGUCUUUUCUCAAUACCUGGUCGACCUUGAAGCCGUCCAAGUUCUUUUUAGCCCUUUUGAUGGUUUGGUGGUAAUUGGUGAAAUGCUCGUCGAAAGAUGCCAAAGUCACUUCCUGUUGCAAGACUUGCUUGUACAACUGCAACGCCACCCGGUCAUCUUCUUCCACCUUGUCCGACAUGUUGUUUGUGUCGAUCAACAACGGAGCAGUGAACAACUUGACGAUUUCACCCGAGUUCUGUUUGAAGACGUCAAGGUUUUCAAACUUGCUGCUCCAGUGGUUGAAUACAAGCGAAGAGCACGACCCACACGUCUUUAUAGUACGAGGGUUGGCAUCCAAGAAGACGUUCUCGUCCGCGUGGUGGUCAAUGAUACCUGUUACUUUGAUCUGGUGGUUGUGGAAGUAUUCAAUCAACGAUUCUCCUUGGAGAUUGCAAUGGUCUACCAACGUAAUCUCAGUCUGUGACCGAGAACCAGCGAUAUUCUUGAAGUCUUCGAUGAAGUAGAGCAAGUCCUCGGUGAUGGCGUUGGUUUCCAACACCAACUUUAUGUCUCUUCUGAGACUAAAGUCUUGUCUAGGGAUGUUGAUGAGGGGGAUGAACACAGUGGAGUCAUACUUAUAGUUCAAAUAUGAGUAGCCGAUGGCACUGAUGACCGAGUCAAGAUCAGCUGACUGGUUACCGGUAACGAACCGAAGAGGUUCCAACGACGAGCUGCCGAUAUGUUUCUUCACCACUUGUAAGAACGCUUUGACAGACAUAUAGAGUCGAUUU